UUGGAAGGGUGUUGCUUGAGUCGGCUCAGGACCCCGGUAGUACGCCUUGAUGGUGUCCUUGUGUUGCCUGUAAAGAAAAAACGAGUUAAAUGCACCAUAGAUCGUUUAUCUGCAACUGACACUGAAGAUGCAAUUCUGGAUUUCUGGAUUAAAUUAGUUAUAUGGACGCAUUUAACCAUCAACAGUGACAAUAUAUAAAAGAGCAGUGGAGGGCAGCAAUACGCCCUAAGUCAAAUCUAUAUUGUUUCGAGAGUAGACUUUCGGAAAUAAAUUAGAAGAAUAAGAGGAUCUGCCUGCCAUCGGCACUUGUGCUUGAACUUAAACCCUAUGCUAUGGCUUUAAUGAACACUCAUGCACCCCAAACCAGCUAUUUAAAGUGUUUAUUCAGAAAGCAGGCCAGGCAUUUUGUGACGUAUUCGACUUGGAAAUCCCUGACAAUGCAAAACAGGAUGUCCAGUACAUCCAACCCAGUGGCUGCCGUGUGUCAAAUGACGUCCACGCCUAACAAGGAGGCCAACUUCUCAGUUGGCAAGAGGCUUGUGGAGGCAGCCAGAGAGGGCGGUGCGUCCAUGGUGUUCCUACCAGAGGCCUUCGACUACAUCGGAUCCAGCCGAGACGAGACUCUGGCCCUGGCCGAGAGCUUGACCGGCGACACCAUCUCGCGAUACACUCAACUAGCCAGCAAGAUGAAUGUAUGGCUGUCCCUCGGCGGCUUUCACGAACGAGGCCACGAUUGGGAGAACGACCGACGGAUCUACAACAGUCACGUCAUCAUCAACGACCAAGGCUCCUUGGCGGCCGUGUACAGGAAGUCCCAUCUGUUUGACGUGGAGCUACCCGGGAGGGGCGUCUCCCUCAAGGAGAGUGCCUUCACUAUACCCGGACCCGCCCUUGCACCUCCUGUACAGACUCCCAUUGGCAAGGUGGGAUUGGGUAUCUGCUAUGAUCUGCGGUUCCCAGAGUUAUCAUUGGCUCUGCAGAGACAAGGGGCAGACAUCCUGACCUACCCGUCCGCCUUCACCGUGGCAACGGGCGCCGCCCACUGGGAGGUGCUGCUGCGCGCGCGGGCCGUCGAGACGCAGUGCUACGUGCUAGCGGCGGCGCAGGUGGGCCGGCACCACACCACACGCGCGUCGUGGGGCCACGCGCUGGCCGUGGACCCCUGGGGUGCGGUGGUGGGGGACUGUGGGGGGGGAGAGAAGGAGGGGAGCGGCAACGGGGGAAUGGUCCUGGUGGAGGUGGACCUGGAGAAGGUGAGGGAGACCAGGAGGAACAUGCCGGUCCAAGAGCACCGCAGAGACGCUGGCUUCUACCGUGGGCUGGAGGCCGCCGUGGACAACACCUGAACUGUCGUUUUGUUUUUUUAUAGUGCAUUCAUUCAAUCAUUCAAUUGUAUUUCAUUGUAUUUAUGUCAAAUUAAAUCAACUCUUGAUUCACUUUGUCUGUUCGUUUUUAAAGUUUAAUGUUUCGCAAUGGCAAUCCUUGUAUAUCAAGACAUAUUUAAA